AUGGUUUGCUAUGACCUUAUGGGUAUUAAACCAGACGCUACGCCCGAGGAAAUCAAGAAAGCUUACCGUCGUAAAGCUCUUCAGCUACAUCCGGAUAAACGUGGUAAUACAAUUGAGUCUCAAGAAGAGUUUACACGUAUGAAACAAGCAUACGACGUUCUGUCGGAUCCACAAAAACGUGAGAUUUAUGAUCAAGUUGGUGAAGAUGGAAUUAAAUUAAUGGAAGAUUAUGGAAAUAUGAGUCCAGAACAAAUGUCCAUCUUACUGUUCCGAUCCAUGGGUGCACUUGGAAUAAAGGGAAAAUGUGUCCUUAUUUUCUUAGUGACACUGCUUUUUGUUUUUUUUCUGCUUAUUCCAAUAUUCUGGUGUCUCAGAGCAGACUCAACCAUUUCCUGGAACUGGGCAGUGGUUUGUAUUCCGCUAUGGAUUGUCGACACCAUUUACUACUGCUGCUUGGGUUGCACCUACGCGUCUUCAAAUGCUGAAGCGGAUCAGGAAGAGAAGACAUACAAAAACCCAGUGCUUUAUAAGCUUUAUGCGUUCCUUAAGGCGCUGCUGCUUUUGGUGUUGCAGAUUUUUUUGGCUUUAAAACUGAAUCGAGACGUUCAGUGGACUUUGAUGGAGGUAUUGAUUCCGUACUUCGUCUACGAAGGUCUAAAUUUGCUGGAAGGACUUGCUGGGGGAGUGCUGGGCUACAAUAUGCUAACAAAGAACAGCGAAGGAGCUGGUGUGACACAUACCGAGGAUAUCAAAAAACAGCGUUUUGCUUUAGUUGUCGCUGUGGCCAAAAGAAUGAUUUCGACUUUUGCUCGGAUCGCUCAAGCAGUGUUACUGGGACUAAAGGUAGACGGCAAUCUAGGUGGCACCAGUUGGUGGCUUGUUUUCAUCCCCGUGUGGCUUUACGUCGCAUUCUUUAUCUCGUUUCCCGUUGGAAAAUAUUUUCGUGCCAAGACGAAGGCAAAAGAAUCCGAGUCUACUCCGCCGAAAGAUCAGUGCACACACGACGAUUACACGCGCGAGUCGGUAACUGAGGACGAUGUUGUGUCAAAUUUUUCGCUGUUUGAUGCACUGUGUACGAUCGUCGUCAUUUGUGCGCUCAUGUCUCCAUUUUUCAUCCUGUCCGCAAGACUGCAAGUCGGUUCGUUUUCCAGUAUUUACGUGCUGUUGCCAUGGCUCAUUGUGGUCGGACUCGCGUUAUGCUUUGUUUGCUGUGCGAUUUCUUGCGUCAGCUUUCAUGGCUCAGAGAAUGGUGGACCACCCGAGCAAGCUUCAACAGAAAAUGUUGGAAACGCGACACCAGCUGAGGAAGUUGUGUGA